AAAAAAAAAAAAAAAACUCUCCGAAAUAGCGUUUGACUUCGAUUUAUUUUGUAUUCGAAGAACUUGGGGUCGAAGAUUAGGGCUUAGAGAUUUGAUGGGUACGGAGAGAAAGAGGAAGGUGAGCUUGUUUGAUGUGAUGGAUGAUACCUCGGUGUCAGCAAAGAUCGCCAAAUCUAACGGCGGUUUCAUUAACGGCAACAACAGCAGCAUGAUGCCGUUAAUCAAUACUUGGAAUGGAAGGCCGUACUCGCAGAGGUAUUAUGAGAUCUUGGAGAAGAGGAAGACUCUGCCUGUUUGGCACCAGAAAGAUGAAUUCCUGCAAGUCCUAAAAGCCAAUCAAACCCUCAUAUUGGUUGGUGAAACUGGUAGUGGUAAAACUACUCAGAUCCCUCAGUUCGUUCUGGAAGCCAUUGAUGUUGAGGGACCUGAUAAACGUAGGAAGUUCAUGAUUGCAUGUACCCAGCCUCGAAGGGUGGCUGCAAUGUCUGUUUCCCGUCGUGUAGCUGAAGAGAUGGACGUGGCUAUUGGGGAGGAAGUAGGUUAUAGCAUUCGUUUUGAGGACUGCAGUAGUGCAAGAACAGUUUUGAAGUAUUUGACAGAUGGUAUGCUUUUAAGAGAAGCAAUGACAGAUCCGCUUUUAGAACGUUACAAAGUGAUAAUUCUCGAUGAAGCUCAUGAAAGAACUUUGGCAACAGAUGUUUUGUUUGGGCUUCUGAAGGAAGUAUUGAAAAAUAGACCUGAUCUCAAGCUAGUUGUAAUGAGUGCAACACUAGAGGCUGAAAAGUUUCAGGGUUAUUUCAGUGGUGCACCUCUCAUGAAGGUUCCCGGAAGGCUUCACCCUGUGGAGAUUUUUUACACUCAAGAUCCUGAGAGGGAUUACCUUGAAGCAGCAAUUCGAACUGUUGUGCAGAUACACAUGUGUGAACCUCCUGGUGACAUACUUGUUUUUCUGACUGGAGAGGAGGAAAUAGAAGAUGCAUGUCGCAAAAUAAUGAAAGAGGUUUCCAAUUUGGGAGAUCAGGUCGGGCCCGUAAAAGCAGUGCCUUUAUACUCUACACUUCCUCCAGCUAUGCAGCAGAAGAUUUUCGAUCCUGCUCCACCUCCACUGGUGGAGGGUGGUUCACCUGGAAGGAAGAUUGUAGUGUCAACAAACAUUGCAGAAACUUCUUUGACCAUAGAUGGCAUAGUUUAUGUCAUUGACCCUGGGUUUGCCAAGCAGAAAGUUUAUAACCCACGAGUGCGAGUUGAAUCUUUGUUGGUUUCUCCAAUAUCGAAGGCUAGUGCACACCAAAGAUCAGGGCGUGCUGGAAGGACUCAACCAGGCAAAUGUUUUAGACUUUACACAGAGAGGAGUUUCAAUAAUGAUCUUCAGCCGCAGACCUACCCAGAAAUAUUGCGAUCAAACCUUGCAAAUACUGUUCUCACUUUGAAGAAGCUAGGGAUAGAUGAUCUGGUCCAUUUUGAUUUUAUGGACCCUCCUGCCCCAGAAACGUUGAUGCGAGCAUUAGAGGUUUUGAAUUACUUGGGAGCAUUGGAUGACGAUGGAAACCUAACCAAGCUGGGUGAAAUCAUGAGCGAAUUCCCCCUAGAUCCCCAGAUGGGGAAGAUGCUUGUUGUCAGCCCAGAAUUCAACUGUUCAAAUGAAAUUCUUUCUAUGUCAGCAAUGCUUUCAGUACCCAAUUGCUUUGUCCGGCCUAGGGAGGCUCAAAAAGCUGCGGAUGAAGCGAAAGCUCGGUUUGGUCACAUUGACGGGGAUCACCUCACACUCUUGAAUGUGUACCAUGCAUACAAGCAAAAUAAUGAAGAUCAACAGUGGUGUUACGAAAAUUUUGUCAAUCAUAGGGCACUUAAAGCUGCGGAUAAUGUGAGGCAGCAGCUAACUCGCAUUAUGGGCAGGUUUAACCUGAAGCUAUGCAGCACAGAUUUUAACAGUCGUGAGUACUACAUCAACAUCAGAAAGGCUAUGUUAGCUGGAUAUUUCAUGCAAGUGGCUCAUUUGGAGCGCACUGGGCACUAUUUGACAGUGAAAGAUAAUCAGGUAGUGCACUUGCAUCCUUCAAAUUGCCUGGACCACAAGCCGGAGUGGGUCAUUUACAAUGAGUAUGUCUUAACAAGCAGGAAUUUUAUCCGUACAGUAACCGACGUUCGUGGUGAAUGGUUGGUUGAUGUAGCGCCUCACUACUAUGAUCUUGAGAACUUCCCUCAAUGUGAGGCAAAGUGUGUUCUUGAGAAGCUUUAUAAGAAGCGUGAGAGAGAAAGGGAGGAGAGCAAGAACAGAAAGUGAGAUGUGGACAUAUACAGAGCCCUAAUGUUUGUACCAGCAAUGCCUCGCAAUAGCACUGUAGCGGAAGAACUGGCAUAAUUUUUGUACUAUUUAAGAAUAUAGUUUAGCUUGAAUACUGUUGUUUCUCUGAUAUUUAUUGUCCAGAUGUUUCGACUUUUACCUAGAGUCCAAAUGUAGAUGCAGAAUGGCUAUGUUCUCUCUCUCUCUCUCUCGUGCUUAUCUAUAAAG